UUUAAUUUGUACUGAUAACUGGUUUGUUAUUGACCUUUUAGUCAGAACAUAAAGGCAUUAAGAUUCUCAUAGCAUAGCCUCUGUGUUAGUCUUGUGGUCUAGUCAUUCAUUGAUCUCAUUGAGUACGGUUUGUUUGGAUCAUGAUAUCAAACCGAAUAAAAAUAUACAUUAACCUAAGUUUUACGAUUUUAUUGAUUAUCACUUCAAGUAACUGCUGUGAGGAAUCAUCUUAUCAAUGUGACAACAAAGAUGGAGAUUGUUUAGAGAGUGAAAAGAUAUGCGACGGCAAGAUCGAUUGUUUUGAUAAAUCCGAUGAGACGACAGAAAUGUGCAUCCAACAAAUGUGUCCACCGUAUUCAUUUCGUUGUGCUUAUGGAGCUUGCGUUCCAGAGGCUGCACGAUGUAAUCGAACAUCAGAAUGUGCUGACUCUUCCGAUGAAACUCCAGUGUUGUGUUCUUCUGAUUAUAAAUCAAAUAGCAUUUGCAUGAAAGAUGAAUUUCUUUGCAAUUCUGGGGAAUGCAUAGCCCUAGAAGAUGUUUGCGAUGGUCGAGUCAAAUGCCUGGACGGAUCAGAUGAAACUGUUGAAAUUUGUGCUUCUAAUAUGUGUGAGAUGUUCUUCCGGUGCGGCUAUGGUGCUUGCAUACGAAACGAUAUGAAAUGCGAUGGUAAUUAUGAUUGUGCGGAUGGAUCUGAUGAGACUUCCUUACUUUGCAUGGGAAAACAACAACCUCCUAGAAAACAAGUUGAUAAACCGAUCAAACCAACUAAACCUACAGUGGCACCGCCAGUACCGCCAAAGCCCGAUUCAUCAUCUAAAAAUACUUGCAUUCUUCCGGAUAUAAAAUACUCUCGAAUAGUAUAUGAAUCAAAUCCAGAAUAUGAACUUAAAGCUGGUGAGAUUAUUCCAAAUAAUCAAAUCAUAAAAUAUAAAUGUCAACAAGGGUUUAAUCGUGAAGGAGGGGAAUUCAAUUUUUGCUCGAAUGGAACUUGGUUGUCUAGUAUCCAUCCUGUUUGCACUCGAUAUUGUCCUCAUGAAGUUCUCCAUGGUAUAACGUUCAAUGUUGUUUGUAAACGAAAUAGUGUGACGGUUUCAUGCGAUGACCGUAUUACUCCCGGAACAGUGGCUAUUGUUAGUUGUCCAAAUAAAUACAGGAUACCAGAUAUUAAUCCAACACAAAGAUUAGUUUGUACUGAGAACGGAGAAUGGGACUAUCAACCGUUUCGUUGUGAACCGAUUUGUGGGGACGAACUUGUUCCGAGUGUACCAUUUUUGACAAAUGCUGAUAACACUAACAUAACAGCUGUCCCUUGGCAUGUAGGAGUCUACUUUAACCAAAAUGGCAGAUUCAAACACCAUUGCGGAGGAACAAUAAUAAGCGCCAAAGUUAUCAUUUCAGCUGCACAUUGCUUUUGGGAUAGUGAAAGUCAAAACACCUAUGACAAAUCAUUCUACUUGAUAGGAGCUGGAAAAUACUUCCGUGAUUAUUAUAAGAAUGAAAGAAAAGCCCAGUUUAGCAACAUUUCUCAAAUUGCUGUACCUGAAGAAUACUCCGGUGCAGAUUCAAAAUUUCAAGCUGAUAUUGCCGUUAUUAUUGUUAACAAUCCUCUAAUAUUUUCCGAAUUUAUUUCACCUAUAUGUAUUCAAUGGAAAGAAGCAAGUGCAAAAUCGAUUAAAACCGGUACAUACGGCCAAUUAGCCGGCUGGGGAAAGAACGAAGCUGGCAAUUUUAGUGAUGUGCUGAAAAAGAUCUUUGUUCCAGCUAGCAGUUAUGAAGCUUGCAAAAAAGAGGUGCACGAACUAUAUGCUGAGACAAUUACGAAUGAUAAAUUUUGUAUACUAAACAGAUACAAUACAAAUGCGUGCCAAGGUGACAGUGGAGGCGGUUUCACAGAGAAGCAAGGAAAUCGACACUUUCUAUGGGGAGUGGUAAGCAAUGGAGUGCCAUUGGGAUCGACUUGUGUAAAUUAUUCAUUUGUCAGCUACACAAAUAUACAAUACUAUGAAAACUUUAUUACUGAUUUAGAACAACGAAAUAGAGCUAAAUAAGAAGUCUAUCUAUUUAGGCGCAUAAAUGACAAA